ACCUUUUCGUGCCCCCCUCUUCAACGAGGCAAGUGUCUCCAGUCCCAGGGCGCACAGGAGGCUGCCAGGCUCCUCUCCAGGACACUCUGCUCCAGACCUUUGCUCACACGCUUCCUCGACCUUGAGAACCUUCCUGCCCCUCCACACCAAUGCACCCAGCUUAUGUGACUGUCCUCACAAGCCUACGCAACUUAUAUUCUGUUGUAUUUAGUUUUUGUAUGAGCAUCUCCCUCAACUGAACCUUGAGCUCUGCCAUGUCUGGGAUACAAUACCAGCAGGCACUUAGUGAAUGUUUGUUGAGUGAAGAAAAUCCAUCAAUAAUUCAAAGAACUAUUCACCCAUUCCUUGGUCUCUCCAUGAAAUUCCAGACAAACCCUGCCUCCCUCACCUGCUCCCGCAGUCAAUAUGAGUUGAGUCCGUUAGCCUGGUCCUGUGGUUCCCCUCCGGCUGGCUCACUUGCUCCUCCACGGCCUCUGUGGACCCUCUGCCCACCUCGCAUCCUCCUCAUAUCUCUUCUGCUUCUGCAGGGAGGGGCCGGGCCUCCCCUUGUGUCUCCAUCCGAAUCAUUUCUGCCCUCCCAUCCUGCCUCCCAUGACUUCUCGAAGCCCUCCAUGGUCUCAGCAAAACUGAGUCUUCAUAUUCUCUGAAUCUCGUGAUGUUGUUUUCCCUUUUGCGUCACAUUUGUCUGUGAGAACUCUUGACCAUCUCCCAACACGGAGUUUCGGUUAUUUCACAAAAACUCAAAGGUAUUUGUAUAGAAGGCCUUCCACGAGGGGUAGAUGACAAGCAUGGUCCCUCCAACUUGGAGGUUUAGGAUUCCGGACAUAAAGGAUGUGCAGCUCCUGGAUGCAAAUCAGGAUAAGACAGGCUGAUUUGCAACUGACCUUUGGUUACUCUCUCAGCUCAGAGCCUUUGUAAGUGAGACACCUUCACUUACUUAAGAAUACCUCAUACCUUCCAGAGAGGCCCUUGAAGAUUGUCCUAGAGAUAACGGGCCGGAUUCUCCUGACCCCGCUAGGAGUCUGCUGAGGCAUAGAUGGCACUGAGGAGUGCGCCUUGAGCCAAAGGUCCACGGAAAAGGACCCACAGGCUGAGAGUAGGUCCAGGAAGUACAGGCAAAGCGCUGCAGAGAACACUAGGGCCACCAGUCCAAGCCCAUGUCCGGCGUCAGAGCCCAGACACAGAGGGGACGCAAGCUGUCCUGAUAUUUUAUGUUAUUUUAUCUUAUUUAUUUUGUUUUAUUUUUUUAAAGAUUUUUUUUGCAAGGCUGGGGAUGUGUCCUCUGUGACUGGGACCUUGUGGUUUCCUGACCCAGAGGCCGCCUGCUGUCGAGUGUCUGAGGGAGGGGAUAGGCUGACCUGGCUUAAAGGGCAGAAGCUGGACUCUCUGUCCUGGUGCUAGGGGUGCUCGGCCCCUCCCUGCCCGGAGGGUCUCCCUGAUCCGUUAGACCCUCGAAGAUGAGAAUGUGGGCAGAGGAGCCUGGUUUCAAACUUCAGGCCCAAAGACCACCCUUGUCCCAACACCGAGAGCAAAGGCCAGCUUGGUGAGGACUGCGAGCAACAGCGCAGAGUCUCCGAGUGUCCCCACGGCAGGGAUUUUGCUGCCGUGGAUGAUUUCACUCGAUGCUGAGUGUUCGCCAGAGUUCUGAUCAGAUCGCUGAGCACAUGAUCCUGUCUGCUCCUGUUGAUGCUCAUGGGAAAGUGUGCCUGAUGCCAGGGCUGCCCAGAGCCCAGGCCUCCUCGAGGGACGGGAGGCCUGCAGGUCAGCCUGAUGCAGACACGGGCGGCGGCUGCUUGGGGAACAUUUGGCUGGUGCCAGCGGAGGUUCCCGGCAGAUAGCACCUUCCCAUCUGCCCAGCCAGCCACUCGGCUGCGUCCCCAGCUCUCCCUGGAAGAUCGCCUACGGCACAAGGGCCUUCUCUCUCCUCUUCCUGCUUCGAACUUCUUGGUGAGAAGAGUUUGAGAAUGUGCCCAAGAACCCCGAUGCGGGGCCCGGACAGAGAGUCACCCCCCCCGCCCCGCUCUGGUCUCUGCCUGGUCAGCGGGUGAAGGAUGAAUGGCCAGCGCCCGAGGUCACACCAGUAUUGGAUUGUAGCAGAAAAAAAGAAAACCGUAUUUCAUGGCAGAGGACAAACCUCCGGGGCCCAUCCUGAAGCCGCUGGUGUUUCGCGUAGAUGACAGCACACCCGAAAUGGUGCAGAGUGUCCUGCUGGAGCGUGGGUGGGACAAGUUCGAUGAAGGAGAGCAGAACGUGGAAGACUGGAACCUGUAUUGGAGGACCUCCUCCUUCCGGAUGACCGAGCACGUCAACAUCAAGCCGUGGCAACACCUCAACCACCACCCGGGCACCACCGAGCUCACCAGGAAGGACCAUCUGGCCAAACACCUGAAGCAGAUGAAGAAGACGUAUGGCACGCCCCUGUAUGAGUUCAUCCCCCUGACGUUCAUCAUGCCCAAGGACUACAACAAGUUCGUGGCCGAAUAUUUUAGGGAGAAGCACGUGCUGGGCGCCAAGCACAGCUACUGGAUUUGUAAGCCUGCCGAACUCUCUCGCGGGAGGGGCAUCAUCAUUUUCAGUGACAUUAAAGACUUAAUCUUUGAUGAUACAUAUGUAGUACAGAAAUAUAUCUGCAACCCUCUCCUUGUGGGCAGAUAUAAAUGUGACCUCCGCAUCUACGUUUGUGUCACCGGCUUUAAGCCUUUGACCAUUUAUAUUUACCAAGAAGGGCUAGUGCGGUUUGCCACAGAGAAGUUUGACCUCAGUAAUCUGCAGAACAAUUAUGCCCAUUUGACCAACAGCAGCAUCAAUAAAUCUGGGGUCUCAUAUGAGAAAAUCAAAGAAGUGAUUGGUCACGGCUGCAAGUGGACCCUCAGCAGAUUCUUCUCCUAUCUUCGCAGUUGGGAUAUGGAUGACCUGCUUUUGUGGCAGAAAAUCAACCACAUGGUUAUUCUCACGGUGCUCGCCAUCGCUCCCUCGGUCCCCUUCGCAGCCAACUGCUUUGAGCUCUUUGGGUUUGACAUUUUGAUUGAUGACAACUUGAAACCGUGGCUUCUGGAGGUCAACUUCAGCCCCGCCCUGUCCGUAGAUUGUUCGGCGGACGUAUCAGUGAAGAGGAAGCUUAUCCAUGACACGAUUGAGCUGAUUUACUCACAGGGUCUAAGAAACGAGAGGAUGGAAUGUCGUGACAGUGCCAAGGGGAGCCGCAGCGUCUCCCUCGCCAAGCUGGACAUGGGUAGACUCAACAAGGCUUGUAGCGCUCUGUCCUGUGAGUCCCUCUUACAGCUCACAGGUAGGACAUUUAAGGAUGAAUCUGCUGUGAAGAAAGCCAUAAAAAUAUGUCCUGAAAAUAAACAUGCCUCCCAGCCGAGGGAAAUGACGAGCAGGAAGAAGGACCUACUUCUGUCAACAAAAGAACCCCCCAAAACCAAGCCAAAGCUAAAGGGUAGACACUCGACCCAUAAGACGCUCAUUCCAUUCAUGUCACUCAUUCAAUCAUGCGUGGGCAAGACCAGCAUCUCCCCGUGCCUCCCCUCGGACAACAGCAAGGUGCCGGAUCUCCAAGCAGGGAACUUUGUGCUCAUUUUUCCUUUCAAUGAAGCUACUUUUGGAGCUUCUAGGAAUGGAUUAAAUGUCCGAAGAAUAAUCCAAGAGCUCCAGAAGCUAAUGAAUAAGCAACAUCCCCACAUGGCAGAAAAGGAAGCAAAAAGAAGGUAAAAGAGUUUUGGGGAAACCAGGGAUUCCGUCGCCAGGGACAGCAACAGCUCAGCCCUUGACCUCUGCAUUCAGCACAUCGACCACGUCAUUGGGACCCCUGAUGUGGGUGCGUAUGUAAAUAUAACUACUCUGCAAAU